UGACUUGUGGUUAGGGGCCACAUCAUUUAGACAUGCACACACAGACACACUCACACAGACACGGGAAAGACAGAGAAGAUCGUGAGGAUUGUCGGGACACAAACCUAUCUUUAAAUCUAAGACACACAGCUUAGAACUAUGAACCUCCACGCUUUGUUCAACCACUGAAGCGAGACAUGCUGGACAGCUACUUCUGAAGCAUCUCAACUCAUAGAAUGACACCAAACGCCACCCUUCCAUUCGUCCUCGUCACCUCAGCCACCCGAGAUGACAAAGCCAAGGUGGUGGACAUCGAGGCCAUCAUGAACAACUUAAUCAUUGUCCUUUACACGCUGACCAUUGUAUUGGGCACCACGGGCAACUCUGUAGUCAUCUGGAUGGCAGGCUUCAAGCUCAAGCCCACCGUCACCAAUGUGUGGCUGGUCAACCUGGCCGUGGCCGACCUCAUCUUCUGCCUGAGCCGUGUGCUCUCGCUGACCAAGAAGCUCUUCUUCGACUACUGGCCGUUCGGCAUCUUCUUAUGCAAGUUCAACGGCUUCUUCAAGUAUGCCAACAUGUUCUGCAGUGUGUUCCUGCUCGCUGUCAUCAGCAUGGACCGGACGCUCUGCGUCUGGCACCCCGUCUUUACCAAACGGCGUAGGACGAUCUGCGCCGCCCGCCUGGUGAGUGCCGGCGUGUGGGCGGUGGCGGCCAUUUUGAGCGCCCCCUACUUCGCCUACCGCCAGGUUUACCUUGGCAAGAACAACCUGAGCAAGUGCUCGCUAGAUGUCAAGGAGUCAACGAAAGGCGAUAACAGCGCUAAGCUAGCGCUCUACCUAAUGCGCUUCCUAUGCGGUUUCCUGCUUCCUUUCCUCAUCAUCCUCUGCUGCUACAUCCUGGCAGGGUUAGGCAUCCGACGGACCCGCCUGUUGGGCAAGUCACGUCCCCUCCGUAUCCUGGCAUCGCUGGUCUGUGCUUUCUUCCUGUGCUGGGCGCCCUACCACUGUCUCCUACUGGUCAAGAUGGUGAAGAGCAACAGUAUGGUGGUGAAGGUGGGGCUGACAGGGGCCACAGGCUUUGCCUACUUCAACAGUUGUGUGAACCCGCUGCUGUACUUCUGUAUGGGGUUGGACAUGAGAGGGUCAAGGGUCAGGCAGAGCUUAGCGGGGGUGUAUCGGAGAGCACUAGCCGAUGACAGAGAUGGUCGAAACAUGCAGUCCAACGAGCGCACAGUGGAUGAUAGUUCUGGCUCUGCAUCACGACUUGCAAUGGUGAAUGUGGCCAAUGUCAGUUUCGAGUGAAUGUGGCCAAAGUCUGUGGGAAGUCACAUUUGGUAUGAGGAGGAGUUCCUGUCCUUAUUAGAUCACGGGCUAAUUAAACAGUGAAUAGCUGAAUAGCUUGUGUAGACAAACAUUUUUCAUAUUUUUUAUCAGUUAGGAUACAUAUAGACAUAGGGUAACUGUGAAUUUAUGUAAAUGCCUCAGGAAAUAAUUAUCACACUUUCGAAGUGUUAUGUGAUGAAAAUGAUAGAAAGAAAGUGGAACUGUGCCUAGAAAAUAACCUAUCAGGAGGAAGUGAUACAACUUCUGGGGAAUGACUUCAAUCAUGCUAUGUUUUACUAAGUGUCAUGUUUGGAAAAGUGGAAAAACGAGGAUAUUUAUUCCCAUUUUCCAUCCCAUGAGACAAGAUUGUAAUUGGAAAUGGCGAAAUUGCGGAGAAAAAGGAGUGUAAAAUGCCCUGGCAAAUAUUCUUAUACUUACCAGUGUGAACUACAACAUUAUCCCAAUUUGAUAUGUUGCUUAAGGGACAGCUCACAAUUUACUGGGUGGUCCAAAAUAGGGAAGGGUAUCAAACUUUGUCUUUGUUGCUUUGUGGUGGGUUGUGUUUUUUUUUAUUGGGCACAGGCCAGUAUAGUCUACCAGUCUAACGGUCUAUCCAACAUUCAUAGUCACAAUAGUGGUAGAUGGAUCAUUUGUCCAGAUCUGCAAUAGGCUAACUAACAAUCACACCUCACAUAAAACCAUUCAAAACUGCACCUCAUUCACUCUCAUUGAUGAUUAAAAGGGGGAGAAAUAGAGUUGAGAGAAAAUAGGAAGAAAGGUGAAAGGGAGUCAGAAGAAGAGAAUGUGAUCUGGACAACUUGACUUGAGGAAGCGUGGAGGUUGCUUGUUUCUCUUUUUAGUCACCACAUUGCUCCUCCAAGACAGACGGUUUCUAUCAUGUUUCAGUCACAUGACUGGUCUCUCCUUCAGACAAACUGUAUCAGAGGUGAACACAGAGGCUUAGCUGAAGCUCUGUGGUUGCCAGUUCAGAUAAGACAACACACUCACAGCGGAAGACAAAUGAAAACUAAAAUUCAACUCACUUCAUGACUCUCUCUCUCGCUCCCUCCCUCCUUCCCUGUCUCUCUCUUUCUCUCUCUCUCUCUUUCUCUCUCUCUCCCUCCUUCCCUGUCUCUCUUUCUCUCUCUCUCUCUCUCACUCUCUCUCUCUCCCUCCUUCCCUGUCUCUCUCUCUCUCUCUCUCUCUCUCUCUCUCUCUCUCUUACUCUCUCUCUUUCUCUCUCUCUCUCUCCCUCCUUCCCUCUCUCUCUCUCUCUCUCUCUUUCUCUUUCUCCU